AUGGACGCCAGAGAGCAAAACUGGCGUCAACUAUUUCAAGCACCAAACCAAACAUUUUCUAACGCUGUACGGGAAAACCCACGGCCUGCUGACAUUCCACGAGAUUUUAGACAAGCUGUUCCAUUGGAACUGCGAGUGUUAACACGGCCGAAUUAUGCCAUUAGCGAGCUCGCAGAUACUCCGUAUGCCAACCUUGCAACACUCGCCGAAUAUAAAGACAAGGUGUUCCCAAAGCACGCCGUGGACCCUUUGCUGAACAAAGCCCGACCCAUCAGGACAGUCCUGCAAAGAUUCAACAAAAAAGAUUCUGCGACUGCCGAAGAACCGGAUGAACGCGAUCUGGCCGAUUUAAUGAAAUUUAUUGAGGAUGACACCCUGAAGAGUCUCUGCAAACACCUAUUCGCAGCAUCCGGCGCAAUGUUCUCCAUAGCCACGCACAUCAUGGCUCUAAAACAUUAUUCAGCCACCUGGCUGAAUACGCGAAGAGACACCGGGAAUCGCCGGAAGUCCAAUCUUUCAAACAGAAUCCAUCACGGGAGUCGAUGGUUGCAUAUAUAG